UCACAAUCCUAAUGAGUUGACAUAAUCACCCUAGGUCUUUUUUUAUCACAUCUUUGUUGUUGAUAAUUAUAAUAUAGUCUCAACAGUGGAAAGGUCUGCCUGCCUGCCCAACUCCAUGCUAUUGCUUUCCUUAUCGCUUUCCUUCCAAUACAAAACCAUGCCACCAAAACAGAGUCAAAAACCAUUUCCAUGACCCAAACCCUCUCCUUCUUUCUUUCCUCCUUCCCUUCCCAAUGAAUUUCUUUUGCAUAUAAAAAUACAAAAAUAACUCAAUUUCCCUUUUGCCUUCUUCAAACCAUCAAAAGCAAACCAAAAUUCCAUUUUCUUGCCAAUUCCAUUCUUUCAUAUACAUUUUUUUUCCUUUUCAUAUUUGCUUCAUUGCUAAUUAUGGCCAUAUCUCCACAAGCAUUCCCGCCCAGAAAACGCCGGCCUUCUGCGGGGGCGUUCAUGUCGCCGAAGCUCUCCGAUCAGAGCCUCCUCCGCUCUCUCCUCUCCAUCUGCCAAGAAAUCUCCUCCCUCGAGCCUCUCCGCUUCCUUCUCCGACGAACCUCCCUCUCCAUGAUCCGCAAGACCAAUCUUCUCUCCAUGCUCUUCGAAGACCUCGUCCGAAACUCCACCGCCGCCUUCUCUCCCUCCGCCCUGCUCUGCUUCCAGGAGCUCUACAUCCUGCUGCAGAGGAUCCAAACUCUGAUCGAAGACUCAUCCCACGGGAGCAAGAUGUGGCUUCUCAUCCAGACCGAGUCCCUCGCCAACUGCUUCCACGAGUUCACCCUCGACCUCUCCACCUUGCUCGAUAUUCUCCCCAUCAAGGAGCUCCGAUUAAACGACGACGUAGAGGAGGUCGUUUCUCUGCUCCGAAACCAGUGCUCGCGGAGCACGACGAAAUCGUUCGUGGAUCCCCUAGACGACGAUCUCAGGCGCGAGGUCUGCACCAUGCUCGAUCGCCUCAAGAGCGAGAUCGUCCCCGACCAUUCCAGGCUCUCCAAAAUUUUCAUCCGAUUAGGGAUCGACAGCUCUGCGAGCUGCACAGAGGAGUUCGAGAGUCUUCAAGACGAGUUUCAGAACCAAACAGAGGAGAAAUCCAAAUCGCAGCUCAUCGCUCUCGUCGGGCUCGUCCGCUACGCCAAGUGCGUUCUUUUCGGAGCCUCCACUCCCGGAUCCGAUUUGAUCCGAAGAAAAUCAUCAUCGGAGCUGGGUUUCCCGGUAGAUUUCCGGUGCCCGAUCAGUUUGGAGCUAAUGCGGGACCCAGUCGCCGUGGCAACAGGUCAGACAUACGAUCGAGAGUCGAUAAAGCUAUGGAUCGAGUCAGGUCACAACACGUGUCCCAAAACAGGUCAAACCCUGGCCCACACUGACCUCAUCCCUAACCGCGCAUUGAAAAAUCUUAUCGCCAUGUGGUGCCGGGAGCAAAGAAUCCCUUUCGAAACCGCGGAGCAUAAUAAGGGACUGGUCAACGCCGUCAAAAAGAACAAGGCGGCUCUCGAAGCCACCAGAAUGACGGCGUCGUUUUUGGUUAAUAAGCUUUCGGUUUCUCAGUCAAUGGAGGCUGCAAACGGCGUCGUCUACGAGCUGCGCAGUUUGGCCAAGACAGACUCUGAUUGCCGCGCCUGCAUUGCCGAAGCCGGAGCUAUCCCAUUGCUUGUACGGUACUUAAGCUCGGACGUCGGCGGGGCCCAACCUAACCUCCAGGUAAACGCCGUGACGGCGAUUCUUAACCUCUCCAUUUUGGAAGCGAACAAGACCCGGAUUAUGGAGACGGACGGAGCUCUUAACGGCGUCAUCGAGGUGCUGCGUUCGGGAGCCACGUGGGAGGCGAAGGGGAACGCGGCGGCUACGAUAUUCAGCUUAUCGGGUGUGCACGGGUACAGGAAGAGACUGGGGAGGAAGACACGUGUCAUCAAGGGGUUGUUGGAGUUGGCGAAAGAAGGGCCCGAGCAUGGGUGUUUUAGAAGGGACGCGAUGGUGGCCAUAUUGAAUUUGGCAGGAGAGAGAGAGGCGGGGGGGGGGGGGGGGGGGGGGGGGGGGGGGGGGGUGACCGUGUUGGAAGCUGUGGUGAGAAGCGGCGGGAUAUUGGCAAUCGCUGCGGCAUACGGUGCGAUUAGGAAAUUGGGGUGUGUGUUGAGAGAAGGGUCGGAGAGGGCGCGGGAGAGUGCGGCGGCGACCCUUGUGACGAUAUGUCGAAAAGGGGGCUCGGAGAUGGUGGCUGAAUUGGCUUCCAUGCCGGGGAUUGAGAGGGUAAUAUGGGAAUUGAUGGGGGUGGGGACGGUGAGGGCAAGGCGGAAAGCGGCGUCGUUGUUGAGGAUUCUGAGGAGAUGGGCUGCGGGUUUGGAUAGCGAGGUGGCGGAUGAAGGGUAUUCACAAGUUGUGAGUUCAUCAAUAGCAGCAACGACAACUGUUGCAGGCUAAGCUAAUUAGAGUUUGGUUUUACUACAGAUUUGGUUGAAUGAAGUUGUAAAUGUUUAUAGUGAUUUUCAUCUUCUUUGUUUUGUUCGACGAUAGAUUAAAAAUAUCUCAUUCAUUCUUUAUUUCUUCA